UCUCCCGGUGUGUUAAAAUCAAAAGUGAGCAUUGCAAUUUGCAACGUGGCACUGUCUUCUUUAUUCUGAAAAGAAAAACACGAGUCUACGCCUCUUGACGGAUUGCGAAAAUGAAAUAUAGGGUUUCGCACAAGUUCCCUGUGCUUCCUCGCCACACUCGUCCCUUUAACCACACUCGCUACUUCACUUCCUUCGCCAAGAAGUUCCAAACACCUCAACCUCGGGCUUCUAUCAAUGCCGGAGGAAGUGGAAAUUCUCAAGGGAAUUCUUUUGUUGUACCUGGAGCAACAGUUGCUACCAUACUUAUGCUUGGUGUUCUCCAUGCCCGCCGACUCUACGAGGACAAGAAGACUGAACAGAUGAAGGAGAAGGGAAUCGAAAUAGAAUUCCAACCUGAUGCAAAGGCUACAUUUUUGAGAUUACUGCCUCUGCGUUCAAUUUCUAGAUGUUGGGGAUACUUGACAAGCAUGGAAAUACCUGUUUGGCUAAGGCCCCAUAUCUAUAAAGCGUGGGCUCGAGCAUUCCAUUCAAAUUUAGAAGAAGCUGCUUUACCUCUAGACAAAUAUGCCUCUUUAAGGGAUUUUUUUGUUCGCACUUUGAAAGAAGGUUCCAGGCCUAUUGAUGUUGAUCCACAGUGUCUGGUUAGUCCUGUGGACGGUACAGUUUUAAGAUUUGGGGAGUUGAAGGGAGCUGGAGCAAUGAUUGAACAAAUUAAAGGGUUUUCAUAUUCAGUUUUUUCUCUUCUUGGUGCAAGCCCUUUCCUUCCAACAACAGAUGUGCAAGAGGAGCAUAGUGAAUCAAUAACAACUACUGUGAAGAGCAAGAAGUCAUGGUGGAGAGUUUCAUUGGCUUCUCCAAAAGUGUGGAACCCAACAUCAUCACGCCCAAAGAAAGGCCUUUUUUACUGUGUGGUUUACUUGAAGCCUGGAGAUUACCAUCGGAUACACUCCCCAGCUGAUUGGAACAUUCUUGCACGCAGGCAUUUUUCUGGUCGUCUUUAUCCCUUGAAUGAACGUGCUACAAGAACAAUUAGAAACCUCUAUAUUGAGAACGAGAGGGUUAUUCUUGAAGGUCUAUGGCAGGAAGGGUUUAUGGCACUUGCUGCAAUUGGUGCCACAAAUAUUGGGUCAAUUGAGCUUUUCAUUGAGCCCGAACUUCAUACAAACAGGCCAAGGAAGAAGUUUCUUCAUUCAGAGCCUCCUGAAGAACGGAUUUAUGAAUGUGAAGGUGUAGGCAGAAUGCUCAAGAAAGGGGAUGAGGUGCUUUCAACAUGGGAUCAACAGUUGUGCUUGUUUUCCAAGCCCCAAUUUCAAAACUCCCUGAGGGCGAUUCAUCUCAAGAGUUCAGGUUCUGCGUCGGCCGUGGGGAUAGAAUUCGUGUUGGUGAGGCUCUAGGAAGGUGGCAUAGUUCGUGACAGACAUAUUUGUGAAUAUACGCUUCCCCUGACUGUUGGUGAAACUUGAAAGCGUUUUCGAUAUUUUAUAUAGGGAAUCUUUAAUACCUCUAACUGAAAACUGUGAUUAGUAAUUGAUAUUAAUGGUGCAUUGGAUAUUUUGAGUUUUUGACGGUGUUGAUGUUUUAUUGUUCAUCCAGAAAGCAUAGAACUUUCGUGGA